UAAAUUUUGACUUCAUUCAAGUAUGAAACUCCAUUUCCUUAUUCACGUUCUGACUUACUGAUGGUACUGGGGACGGAACGAGGGAACUCAAGCAUGCUCUGUGUGCACUCUGCCACUCAGCUAUAACCUCUGCGGCCUGAAGCGAGGCCACCUACCCCCGCCACGAAAGGAGUGCCCCCAGGACCCUGACGGUGGCCUAGGAGAACACAGCCACUGAAGCGGAGGCCUGAGAAUUAUGUUUCGUGUAAUUCCCGCGCGCGUUCUCACGGCCCCAUGGGAACGCGGAGGCGGGGAUAGAUGAGACGCGUGGCGUCACCGCUUAGCUAAGCUCCACCUCUAGCUGCGUCUUCUAAUUGCGUUUUUUCCGGUCGGAGCGUUCUCUUCGCCUUUCCUUCGCCAUCGUGCGCCACCUGCCCGCCCAGCCUUCUCGCCAUGUCUUCUCACAAGACUUUCAGAAUCAAGCGAUUCCUGGCUAAGAAACAAAAGCAAAAUCGUCCUAUUCCUCAGUGGAUUCGGAUGAAAACUGGCAACAAAAUCAGGUACAACUCCAAGAGAAGACACUGGAGUAGAACGAAGCUGGGUCUGUAAGGAGUCAACAAUGAAUGGCAAAACAAUUAAUGAUGAAUCGUGAUUCUUGAUGAGUGUUACAAGAUGAAGUUCAACAUUUUCAAUCUGGAGACUUAAUCAUGUUUAAGUUGGGAGUGGUUUCUCCAGUAAUAAAAUGUAGAACCUUUUGAACUGCU